AUGAUGGGGCAUGACCAUGGACCAAAAAUACCAUCGUAUACAGUAUAUGAUAAUUAUCGUGAGAUACCGAAACUACGAGCACAUGAGGAAAGGCUAGCACGGAUCGGUCUAAAAGAUCCUUGGAUAAGGAAUUAUUCAUAUUUGUUUAUGGGACGAUUUGCUGGCGACUCCUGGGGUAGUUUUAAAUAUAUGAUUCGUGCUGGAUGGAAGUUAGGAUGUGGUGUUGCAGCUGCAGUAAUAGCCGUUGAAGAAUCAUACAUGUACUGGAAAUAUGGUCAUACACAUUGGGGAAAAGAACAUCAUUAG